UUCAUUUUUUCGUAUCCCUGUCUUUAAGCUGUUUUACUUAUACACAAUUGGGAGCGGUUUUCUUAAGCAGCCGCAAGAAUUGUAAUAUAUUAAUUUAUUUUAAAUGUCGAGACUGCAUAUCAUCUGAUGAGAGGUUGAUAGGUGAAUAAUGAAAAGGUCUUGAAGCGAAGUGGUUGUGGUCUAAUCGAGAUUCUGCCCUGGCAUAUGCCUGGAGGGAUUGGAGGAAACCACAGAAGGCUGAACCAGUGUACUGGCUGAGUAUUGAACAGAGUGUCGCCACAAGUACAAGUCUGUAAAUUUAUUGCUAGACGAACCUGCUUGGGUCUGUUGUUGAGCAAUUCUUGAUAUGGUCCAGAAUAUAGUGUAACCAUUGAACUGCAAAUGCCUAAUAUUCUGAAAACUGAAAUUUGGCUUACGUCCGUCUGGGGCGAGUACACUGAUGAUGGUUUAUUGCUGUGAGUUGUUUUGCAGUCUUUUUUUUAAUCAAAAUGCAUGUGACGUGUGUAAAACUGUUUAGAGUGUGGUGAAGUGUGCAUCAGCAGAUAAGUGCUAUGUUACUCAAUUUCAAAACAAGCACAUUCAUGAAAGGAUUUUGCUGAUAAUUGCACUUUGAUUGGAGGGGCUGAGUGACGGAAUGUUAAUGACUGCAAUGAGAGAGUUAGUGGAAAGCAGCAAAAGUGAGCAAAACAAUGAUGUUGAGAGAAGUGUUGGUAGCCACUCCCACUGUGACACUUGUAUUAAAGUGACCAAAUGUAUGAUGCAGCCAACUCGUAAUGAAAGCUGUGAGAUAGUGACGUGUGAAUUGAGUUGUGGCUUUCGCUUCCAUGCUUGUAAAUUAACUGAACAUAAACUUCUGUGUGCUAAUGAAAAAGUUGCUUGCAUAAAUGCGGGCAAUGGCUGUCCUGUUACUUUAGUACGCCACCAGAGAGCAAGACAUUUGGAAACUUGCCCUGCAAGUGUAGUUACGUGCAGCAUGGAAUGGAACCGAUGGCCAGUAUGCUCCCAGGAACACCAAAUGCAUGUUCCAUUUUACUUAGUGAAUUCACAGUCAAAGAAAGGACAGUUAGAUUUGGCAUUGGUUCUGCGUGAUCAGAGGCGGCUGAAUGAUUGGAUGAAAAUGGCAUGUCAAACAAGACGUGUGGUACAGAACAGCUUGACAAAGUGUUUCCCAGCUGCACCUUCCCAGUCCUGGCCAUCACGGGAAGGAGAGAAUCAUGUUUUUGUAUCUGGUGUUACUGAUGAGGAUGAAAAGUCGUGGGAAUGCAAGAAGGCACCUCCUGGGCUUCAAAGCAGUGUUUGUGGAGAACUGUAUAAAGUAACAAGGGGCAGUGCCAGUGGUUCAAAUAUGGAUACUCUUGCUCAGGUUACCGCAAAGUCACAUUCUUCAGAAUAUAAUGGUACACCAGAAUUUACAUAUCCUGACAACUCUGAUACUCGAGAGAACUCAGUUUAUGGCGUGGAAUAUCAUAACAGAUUGCCUCCACCACUUAUCAGUGGAAAUUUGAAGAACCAGACUGACCAAAAUAUGGUUGAAAAUUCUCAUGAUCUGUGUCCUGAAACCAAUAAACUGAUUAUGAAUAAUGGUCGGAGUGAGUCACCACCACUUGGUCUUGCUCCGAGAUCAUCCGGUUCUGUACAAUACUUUGAACUGACUCAAGGUGUCAGGGGGACUUUGUCAUGUAAUUUAAAUCCUAUUGAAUCAACAUGUGAACAGAAUGGACAUUUUAGAGUACAUUUUGUGAAUAAUACUCAAGUGAGUGAAGUAAUUUCUUCUUCCAUGACAGAUAAUGUUAGGCCCAUCACUUCCCCUCCCCCAUACAACCCUCCAGCAGUUGUUUCCUUAGGUUUGGAUCUCACUUUAGAGACCAUCACACGAUAUCAGUCAAAACCAAAUGAUAUGUACACCUUCCUUUGUGGUCAAGAAUUUCGUCGAGAUGAAUAUUGUUGGCAUUACAAGAAUGUUCAUAAUGACAUUCAUGGUGGUUUGAAUGGCUGGUUAGAACACCGUUGUCCAUUGGCACAUUAUGGUUGUAUGUACAGUUUGCGUCGAUUUUACCCGACUGUGAAGGGAGCUACCGUGAUUCAUAAUGAAACUCUUGAGAGUUUUGGAGUGAAACCAUUUGUUCCUUAUGACAUUCCAGUGUUGAACCGCUGUUCCAAAGUCACUAAAAGUGUUGUUCAAUCAGUAUCUCAUAAGAAGUCCAACAAUUUUUCAGGUUUACAGUUACAAAAUUCAGAUAAUACUCAAGACUGGUCUGUGAUAUCUUCUCAACAUGUGGUAUUAUGUCAGCUUCCAUUUGAAGUACUCAGGCAUGUAUGCCGUUUUCUGGACUCCUUCAGCUUGUGUAACUUGGCUCUGACUUGUCGUCGUCUGCGUGAGGUAUGUUGUUCUUUGCUGGAGGAGAGGGGGCUUGUGGUCCAGCAGUGGAAGAAAAGGCAUAUUGGAUCCCGAGUUACAUGGACAAUUGCUUAUAAGCGGUGGUUUUUCAGCACAGCUUUCACACCUGUACGUGAGUGGGGAUUUGAAGCGGAGGAUCACAUGUCAAACCAUUUAAAAAGUUGUGUAUGCUUUGAAAGGUAUGUGGAGUCCAAACCAUUGUUUCACAUGUUUGGUGAACAGCCAGCUCCUGCCCUUCUUGCGAAACUAAUGGCCAACUGUGAAGAAAGUCAAGAAAUUACAGUUAAAAAGAGCUAAGAAAGGGACUGGAACAUUUUGUAGAUCGUAUUGUUAGUACAGGGAAAUUAUUUGAGAGCUUGUUCCAAGUUGUUUGGUCAUUUAGGUAGUAGCUCUGCACACUACUUGUGUCAGAUCAGUUUGCACACAUUUGGACUUGUGGCAUGGUGACCAAACUAGUAGGCAAGUAAACUUAUCCAGAUUACAGCAGAUGUGAAAAUGUUCUCUGCUGUUAAAGUCCUAGUAUCUCCAUGAAAAGUUUACAUUCAUUGAUUGAAGUUCCCUUUGUGCUAACAAUUUUGAAAUCCUGGUCUUCUUCCAUGCAAGACACUUGAAGGAUUUUUGAGAAGAAUGUUCAGGCCUAAUACCAGCUUCAAAUUUUUUUUGCAGCUAGGACUCAGAAUUUUGAUUAACUCUUCUGUUGUCAAAUAAUGACUGUGCCCCUUUUUAUUUAUG